UCAGGAAGCCCAGGUCUACAGUGGUGAUCAACCAACGGUGCGCAUUUGGCGCAGAGGCCUCCGCAGCUGCCCAACACACCCCGCGAGUCGCGAAACUGCGCCAUGGAGACUAUUCGUGGCCUGAUAUGGAAACCUACGCCAGAGGAGCAGAAACGUAAAUGCAAUGCUCUCGUACGGCAGAACGUGCGCAAGCUCGACCGCGAUAUCCAAGGCCUCAAGAUGACUGAGCAGAAAACCAAGAAUCUAAUCCUGCAGUCGUCUAAGCGCGCCCAACGAAACCCCUCUAUGGCCAAGCAAGCGAACCAAGAAGUCCGAAUCUUUGCAAGAGAAUUGAUUCGCGUACGGAAACAGAGUGGUCGGCUGCACACGAGCAAAGCGCAACUCAAUUCUGUCCAGAUGCAGGUCAAUGAAGCAUUCUCCGUACGGAAGAUCGAGGGCAGCAUCAAGGCAAGCACGGGGAUCAUGAAGGACGUGAACUCGCUGGUCCGGUUACCGGAGCUGACGGGCACAAUGCGGGAGUUGUCGUCUGAGCUCAUGAAGGCUGGCAUCAUCGAGGAGAUGGUGGACGACACCCUUAUGGACACAGAGGGUUUGGAAGAGGACGAAGAGGCCGAGGAGGAGGUUGACAAGGUCUUAUCGGACAUCCUGAAAGACAGGCUACCGGCAGCCAAAGCGAAGGAAGAAGAAUUACCCUCUGUGGCUCAGCCUGUUGAGGAAGAGGAAGACGACCAGGAGGAGAUGUUGGCACAGAUGAGGGGCAGACUCGAGGCGUUGAAGAGCUGAAAUCUCCCCCUCGAGGGUACAUAUGCUAUGGAAUUACUGGCGAUGUUUAGAGGUAGCUCUCAGGCGUUUAGCAUUGGGCUGCGGAGUAUUGUAUU